GUGAGAUACAGGCCUGUAUACUGCGGUGCAAAAUAAAACGCACAGUUUCCUGUCGUACAGGAGAGCACUGCUCUCUAAUAGGCUUGCGUCAGAGAGACGGAGUGAGGAUUAAGCUGGGAGUGCAGCACCAGCCCGGAGACGCUGCUGCGCCUGAUACUACUGCGGGUAUAAACAAACGCACGCAGUGUGACAGGACGAGAGCGGAGAGGCUGUUUGACAGCUCUUUCAGUUCAAUCACUUAAUUUUACCACGGUGUUCGAUUCGCUGUAGGUCUUUCAUGAGACCAUUUCAUCGGAUAAUUCAGUUCUAACAAGGGGUAUUUAUUAUUUAGCUUGCACUGCUUUCUGUGUUCCCGAAAGUCUUAAGUCCUGUAACUGAAAAUCAUCAAGCAAUGUCAGAGCUGAGAAAACGAGGUGGAGGCGGGGACCCAGACAGUACAGAAAACAUCAGCGACAAGGAAACAGAUGGAGAAGACAGAACUGGGAUGACUGGAGAAGGAGACAGAGACUCCAAACCAGACACAGAUACUCCUGAAGCACCUCCAUCUGUAGAUAACACUCCUAAAGUUUUAAACAAAUUUCUGGCAGGGCUUUCUUCAAGAUGGAAGAACUGGUGGAUUCGUGGGAUUUUAUCACUGACUAUGAUUUCUUUCUUCUUUCUGCUCAUCUACAUGGGGCCAGUGGUGCUAAUAUUAACGGUCAUGGUUGUUCAAAUCAAAUGCUUCCAAGAGAUUAUAACCAUUGGAUACAGAGUUUAUCACUCAUAUGACCUUCCAUGGUUCAGAACAUUAAGCUGGUACUUCCUGAUUUGUGUGAAUUAUUUUUUCUAUGGGGAAACUGUGGCAGACUACUUCGGUGCCUUGGUUCAGAGGGAGGAGCCCUUGCAGUUUCUGGUUCGAUACCACCGAUUCAUUUCCUUUGCAUUGUACUUGGCAGGUUUCUGCAUGUUUGUGCUGAGUUUAGUGAAGAAACAUUACCGCCUGCAGUUUUAUAUGUUUGCAUGGACCCAUGUGACACUCUUGAUUGUAGUCACACAGUCACACCUUGUCAUUCAGAACCUGUGUGAAGGAAUGAUAUGGUUCAUAGUUCCAAUAUCUAUUGUGAUCUGCAAUGACAUCAUGGCUUAUCUUUUUGGUUUCUUCUUUGGGCGAACACCUUUGAUUAAGCUCUCUCCAAAGAAGACCUGGGAAGGUUUCAUAGGAGGUUUCUUUUCAACAGUUGUGUUUGGGUUCAUAUUUGCAUACCUCUUGGCACAGUACAGAUACUUUGUGUGCCCUGCAGAAUACGACAGUGAGAGUAACAGUUUUGCUGUGGAAUGCGAACCUUCAGAGCUCUUUGUGAUGCAGGAAUACACUCUUCCUUCACUGAUGCAAAGCCUUCUGAGAUUGAAAACCAUGAAUCUGUACCCCUUUCAGAUCCACAGCAUUGCUCUUUCUACAUUUGCGUCUCUAAUAGGACCCUUUGGUGGUUUCUUUGCCAGUGGUUUCAAAAGAGCUUUCAAAAUCAAAGAUUUUGCAGACACUAUUCCCGGACAUGGGGGAAUCAUGGAUCGUUUUGAUUGUCAAUAUUUGAUGGCCACAUUUGUUCAUGUUUACAUUGCAAGCUUUAUCAGGGGACCCAACCCCAGUAAAGUGCUACAGCAGCUCCUCGUCCUCCAGCCGGAACAGCAGCUCAGCAUCUUCAACACACUGAAAUCUCAUCUUAAGGAGAAGGGCAUGAUCCCUGCUGCAGUUUAGGGUAUAUAAAGACUGAAAGGCACUCACUCCUUGCUUCUCUACCAUCUCAAUUAAAAGGACCUGUGGAGCAGAAAUGUCCUCUGUAUCUACAGAUCAUUGCCGGAUAGAAUGUUAAGCUGAAUGUUUCUUAUUUGUCAUUACUAUGAAACAUUAGAACUUUUAACAUAUUGAUAACAUUAGCAAACACCAUGCUAUCUGGAGUAUGAGUAUUGCAUGACACAUUAAGCAUUGGAAGAAAUUAGAUGGGGAUUCAUCUUCAAAAAGAAUCCACGAAAAAGUUUGGUAGCUCUGAAGAUUUCAGAAUAUCUUCUAAUGAGCAGUGGAAGCACAUACUCUGUGAAUAUAGGAUAUGAAUAUGCAACACUUUAUGAAGCUGCUUCAGAAUUUAAGAAAGAUGCAACAUUUUAGUAUCAAGGUGCUCUAAGGAUUUUAGGCAUAUAUUUAGUAUGUAUGAGCAGUGGAGGUACUGUCAUUUCAUUAUCUUGUUACUCUAGGACACUGAUGACCAACUGCAGGUACAAAUUAUCCCACUAACAAAAUGUUUUAUUGUGUAAAUGUGUUUUGUAGGUCUUACUCUUGAAAACAGAGCAUAAAAGCAUCAAAAUAUAUAUUAAGUACUUUUAGUACUUAGGUAUGCAUAUAUAGAUAAUUAUUUUUGCUCCUCUGUCUUUCACAAACUGAGGUGAUGUACUUUUAGAAUAGAGCUGCAUCUAAGGUGUCUGCACAGGCAUGGCAAUAGACACUCUAUAUAUGACUUAAUAGCAAAAGCAUAUACAGUACAUACAGUAUGUGGAUCGGUAUUUACUGUAUAUAUAUAUUUUAGAAUCAGAAAAUUUGCUACUUAUUUGAUUUGUCUAGAUAAUAACACAUGAACAAUGUUGUGCAAAAAGGUGAAUGGGAUUUUCUAUUUUAUUUUGUAGUGUAUAGUAUUGAGUAUCUUUAUAGAGAUGAUUUCGUGGGUAAGGAAAAAAACAAAGAUUAGUUGCUAGGGCAAGGCAGUUAGGUUGUAUUGAUUCUUUUGCAUUGAUACUGUGUAAAGAUACUCAAUUUGCUAAUGAUUGCACUGUGAUCUGUGUGUUUAUCAUCCUGUAAACCAAAUAUAUACUGUAGUAGUACUUCAGUUGUAGCUCAACUGUUUUUGCAAUUGCUGUGUUUGGAAUUCCUCCAGAUAGUUUUUGCAGUCUGAUUUCAGAUACUAACAAUACAUGUUCUUAUAGCAGAUUUAUGUUUGUUUUCUUUGGUUAAAACAAAGUGUUUUGUUUAUUUAGUCAAAGGUAUUUACUCACUUUGUUCAAAAAGUAAUAACCUUUGUUGCUAUUCUAAGUAUGAAACAUUUCAGUCUGUCACAUACUUGGGUGUCAUCAUCUGUGGGUUUAAAUUCUGUUAAAAGAACAGAGGUAUCUCUUAAUAACCUGUUACACAGGUGCUACAUUUAAUUUAGAAAAGCUGAUAGCAUAUUUGAUUUAAAAAGAGGAGUACCAGCCCUGUCCACAGUAAAAAUACAGUUAACCAAAGUAAUGUAUGUUUUAAUUGCAUUAAUAAUUUGAUAUAUCUUUUCAAUAUGAACACAUUACAAGUAAAUCACAUUUUUGAAAACUCAAAAACCACCACCAGAAGGUUUCCAAUAAAAUCCUAUUAAAUAUACUGUUUAAACAUAUUGCUAUUGAACUAAACAUUUUAUUGUAUUCAUAUUAUAUAUUAAACAACUGAUUAUUCUUGUUUUCAUGUUAAUGAAGGAACGUGAGUACAGAAAGAUUCAACUGUGAAAAUUGAAUCCAUAUAUGCAUUCUUUAACAUAAAUUUACUGUAUUUUGGUUAAAUUGACAAUACAGCUUUUAUUUUUUUUCUGCCACAUCUAUAUAUGUACAUCCUUAUAAAUUGAAGUUAAAUUUUAUUAAUCCUUUUUUGUUAAAAUAUACUUCACUCAAAGAAAAGAAAAGUUUGUGAAUAUUGGGACCAUUAAUGCUGUUAAUUUAUGCUGGUAAUUAUUAGGUACAUAUGCUUAUUCAAUUGGCAAAUUAUUAAUAUAUAGGUUUAUAGACAUAAAAUAUUUUAGUCUGGAUUUGGUUUACAUACAUUCAUUGUAUUAAAGUUAUGUUUAGGUAGCCAGCAUUUCUGCUGUGAACUUAUUUCAAAGGGGUGUUAAGUUGUACAUUUGUUGUUAUAUUUUUUGAAGGAUGUGUAGUAAUGUUUUUUAUUGUAUUUAUUUAUAAUUGUAGUUGUUUAAUAUAAUUUGCACAAUGGAUGCUUAUAAAUGAUUGUUUUCAUACUGUAGCUUAUGAAAUAGGUGAGAUGAAUGUUUUAUCUUGCACUGAAAUGAUUAAAGGAAAAUGGUGUAUCUCAAGCAUUGUUUUAAUGAUAAGAUUUUUCUAUCAAGAUUUAAAGGUUGGGAGACAUUGUGAUGCCAUAGCUACAGUCUUUCUACUUUAUACUGUUUCUCACUUAAUAUUUACAGAUUCCUAAGAAGGCACAAACAAAACAUAUUUUGCAAUCAAUGAAGUGUUUUGUUAUGGAUAUGCUAUUUUUUGUCAAGUAAUUUUGUAUUUAGUAAGCAUUUACUUCACUGAAAAAAAUGUGGAACAAAAUGCCAAUUUUAUCAGGAUGCAUUAAAAAUGUUAUUAUUUUAUUUGAUUACACAAAUGAGUAAAAACCUUGGUUUUAUAGCGCAUAAUAUACAGUACAUGUCAACACCUUAGAAAUAAAAAACAAAAAUCCUAUUUAAAUGAUUUCAGUUACAGUUGAAAGAUGAUGCGAGUCUUGGAGUAUUUGGGUAAAAAGACUGAUAAACAUACAAUCGGGAAUGGAUGUUGGCAGGAAGAUGAGACUAAGAGUACCAUUUCAGUUAUUUUUGAAGACUUAUAGGGUGUUGAUGCUUAAUUUAUUUAAAUGCAGUAAAUGUUAUGAGAAUGGUGUUAAAAACAAUACAAUUUCUAAUUUUUCUUUUAGGAGUCAUUCAUAAAAAAAUUGAAAUAGACUGAAGAAGUGCAAAUGCAUAUUUCUCCAUUUUCAUGCUUAUAAUAAAGCUGGAAGUUUGUGUUAGUUAUUGUAUUCUGACAGCAGAAUCUUAUCCCAGACCAUUUACGGUAUAUUCCUGUUUUGAACAAAAAUAGUUUAUUUUCACAGUUGCAAACAACUAUGACCUCCGGAUCGUAGUUUUUGUAUGACUGCCAUGGAAAAACAUCUUUUUUUUAGGUUAGUCUGAUGAUUUUAUCUGAGUGUUUACAAGCCAAGAACAGCCCAUGUUGCCCCACUAUUAACAAUAUGACUAUGAAUUAUAUCACCCAGUGAAAGGGUGAAAGUUUACUUUAGCCAUCCUAGAGGGCCAUUUGUUCCAGGAGUAGGGUAAAUGCUGACUAAUUACAAACUACUAUAACAAUUUUUUUUUCAUACUUGGGGAGCAUACUGAGUUUAUAAUGUUUAGUUUUAAGCAUUUUUCCUUUCAGAAAAAAAUCUCAAUAGUUAAGAAAUGUAUAAUGAAAUAUUUUGCACAUAGAAAAAGAGAAAGAGAUGCCUUUUACAUUUUCUUGUCUUCCAGAAAAACAAAUAUGAAUGACACAAAAGGCAGUGAAUGGAACAAAGUUUAGUGAUUCCUUGAAGAUCUUAAUAAAGAUUAUCUUUACUGUU